GCCGUGCAGCUAGUUCACCAGUUCUAAGGGGAUCUGUGAAGCAUCAAGUCCUGUACAUGAUGAGACUCACACGUAAACUACAGUACACCUGUCUGAUGAUGCUGUGCUGGACUUUACGCUCCAUUCAUGGGGAAGCUGAAGCCUGGUCUCCGUCCUGUGAAGCUGACCUGAAGGUGCCGAGAGGCACCGCAUGGAAGACGGCGCCACAGCGGCCGCUGACACUCCAGUGUCCAGUCAAACACUGCGGAGAACGGCUCAACGUCACCUGGUGUAAACUCUCCAUCAACCAGUGCGACGCGGUCACUGGCACGGAGACGGUAGAAAUAAUGCAGUUCUACCAGGGACAUCUACUGAUCUCAAACCUGACCUUCAAGGUCAUUUCCAUCUCUGACGACGGCCUGUACAGAUGCUACUUAGAAGGAAGGAGGAGAGACGUCAGUCAUUCCAUCAACGUCUCCGUUUCAGACAUGAACCAAGGGGCUGAAUACUAUCACAGUCAGCCGUUUGCAGCUCGGCGGCUGAGGCCUCCUGCUCGCGACGUGCCCUGGCUGCCCUACUUCAUCAUCUGCUUCAGCGUAGCUUUCCUGGCCUUCACCAUGACGGCAUUAAGCCGCCUGAGCUCCCGCGUCUGGAGACGAACACUGAACUGCAGCUCAUCAUCACAUGAACAGGUCACGUCUCGCUGUACCAUCCCUGGCCUCCCUCAGAGGGCCGAUCCCUCCAUCCCGGUGCUGCAGGCCCACUUCCCUGUCCUCAACCACUUGGACCGUCCACGCAGCUCAGGGCCGACAGCGCCUCCGCCGCCUCCGCCUGGAGCCCAGAGCCGGGCGGACGAAGGCGACGCGCCGGCCUCCGGCGUCUACGCCGUCAUCAAGCACAAGCAGCGCGGGACGGGGGACACGCGGCCUCAGACUCAGAGCCACAGGCCGGAAUACUCCACCGUCAGUGUUUCUUGAUUUGUCGUGGACACGCUUUGAUCACAACGCGGACGGAAAGACGCGAACCGCCACAGCGCGUGAGGUCACGGAGCAGGAAAUGCAUCGAUGGACACGUUACAGCAGACGGGCUCUCUCACCCUCAUGCUCCUUACUUUUCUUAGUAUUCAUCGUUGAUUUGAGUCAUUGCACACGUUUUGGUUGUUUGUUAUGUGUUGUCGCUGGUUUGUCACUGUGGCUUCAGACCUCUCAGCUUCCUGUGACAAUAAAACAGCACUGCCCCUUUAAAAGCUGCGCCGCUCAACAUUCUUUGGUACUGAUGCCGAGGUCUCAGUGUUCUCUCUGUACCUGGCCUGUCAAUCACACAAGCGCGGUUGAGCAGAGACGCACAGGAAGUUAAAAACAUCUAAGGAUGUACGUUUGUGGCAGCAACCUGCGUCUGCUCGACCACAGCGCGUGACAGCGUGAGACGAGUCCCGCUGUUGGCGCUGAUGCACCUGAAGACAGUUAAGACAGUUCAUUCCUCACUCCUGGACGUAACACGGUGACCCGACAGGCGUUUGGUCUCACUUAUCUCUGCUUUAACUGGAGCCUGAUUCAGUGGGAUCUGUGUGAGUUGGAUCACUUUGAAAAGUCUGACUCUAAAUUUAGAGCAGCAGAGGCGGCUGGUGCCACUUUGCCCCUCGUCACCACGUUCCAACCACAUUCCCAUGCGAUCGGCUGAUUAUUCAGAACCUAAAUGUCAGAGAAGCUGAUUGUUCACCUUUCUAAGCGUUGAAAUGUAUUUGUGGUGGAACUGCUUCGACCAGAAAACGACACGUGGAACACAAUCAAUAACUGACUAGAAGCUGAACAGUGCAUUAU